AUGCCGGACCAUGACAGCGACUCCCUCCUGAGCAGACAGACCAAGAGAAGACGAGUGGACAUCGGUGUGAAGAGGACCGUGGGCAGCAACGCCACCAACACAGCAGCAGCUACAACCAGCACCGACAUCGCCUGCGCCAAAGCAGCCAUCUUCAGUGCCAUGAACUCUCUCAACUCCCACCACCACGGCUCCGACGCAGACUCCAUGGACUGUUCCAUGGUGCAGCCACACGGCCCCACUGGGGUCGUCACAGCAACCGAUAACGACUCCAAGUCCAACGUGCUCCGGAAGCUCCUAAAGAGAGCCAACUCGUACGAAGACGCCAUGAUGCCCUUCCCUGGUGCCACCAUCAUCUCCCAGCUCCUCAAGAGCAACAUGGCCAAGAAUGGAGGAGAGAGAGGGGAGAGAGGAGAGAGAGGGGAGAGGGGGGAGAGAGGGGAGAGGGGGGAGAGAGGAGAGAGAAGAGACGGGGGAUUCCCCGGGUCGGGCCUCUCCAGUGGGGGUUCCGAAGCCCCCCAGGAGGACGCCUGCAGUAACUCGUCUCAGGACAGCCCCCAAGAGUGCCUGUCCCCCUUCGGCCGCCCUUCGGCUCUGGGCGCCUUCGACCUGGAGCGCCUCAACGAUGAGCACCUCCGGGCCAAGCGUGCCCGCGUGGAGAACAUCAUCCGGGGCAUGAGCCACUCGCCCAGCGUGUUGGUGCCCGCACGCCACCUCGGAGAGCGGGACCGUGAACGGGAACAACGUGAACGGGAGAGGGAGCGAGAGAUGGACGGGGACAGGGAGAUGGAGAUGGACUGCCCCCCACAGCCGCCUAGCCCCAGGGGAGAGGUGUGCAGCAGAGAGAACAAGAGGAAGCAGCGCCUUCCCCAGCAGCAGCAACAGAGCUUCACCCAGCUGGUGUGCCAGCGUAAAGAGCAGAAGCAAGAGGAGCGCAGGCAGCUGAAGCUGCAGCUGGAAGACAUGCAGAAGCAGCUGCGCCAGCUGCAGGAGAAGUUCUUCCAGAUCUAUGAUUCCACUGACGACUCUGAGCACGACCUGGCUCACGACCUGGGCAACAUGUCUGAGGACAGCGCCGGGAGGUCCGAUGCCGGCGGAGACGACCGAGCAGACCGCUCUGACAACGAGAUGUCAGACCUGGACCCAGGACACUUCCUGGACCGGGCCAGGGCAUUGCUCCAGGAGCAGGCCCUGCUGGCGGAGGGGGACAAGCCCAGGAGAGAGGGGCUGGUCCGGGGGAAAGGUCCUGGUCAGGGUCCCUCCUCCUCCAUGCACCAUGCGGAGGGCAAGCAGCUGGCUGAGACGCUGAAACAGGAGCUCAACUCAGCCAUGAACCAGGUUGUGGACACAGUGGUCAAGGUGUUCGCCAAGCCCCCGCGCCCCGCACCCCCCCAGGUCUUCUCGCCCCUCCCCAUGCCCCCAGAGAGGUUUGGGGUCAACGGUGAGGGCCCUAACUUCCACACAGCUAACCAGCGCCUGCAGUGCUUUGGUGACGUCAUCAUUCCCAACCCCCUGGACUCGUUUGGUGGCAUGCCCAUGCCUGGCGCCAACGACCAGACAGAGGCACUGCCCCUAGUGGUGAGGAAGACUCCGACAGAGCACCAUCACCAGUCCUCAGCUGUGGGCGCCCACGGGGGCCACCACCACCCCUCCCUGCACCCCUCCUCCCUCUCUGCCUCCAUGGGCUUCAGCCCCCCUUCUUUCCGCCACCCCUUCCCCCUGCCUCUCAUGGGCUACCCCUUCCCAAGCCCCCUGGGCCCACCCUCUGGGGGAUACCCAGGGAAGGACCACUCCACCCCAGACUCCAUGGACCUGUCCAGGGAAACCACCAGCCUGCGGACCAAGAUGUCUUCGGGGCACCACAUGGGGCACCACCACCGGUCGCUAUCUCCCACCCACCCCGGGAGCACCGCAGAGGGGCUCUCCCUGUCCCUCAUCAAGUCAGAGUGUGGAGACAUGAGCGACAUGAACGACAUCUCACCAUACUCAGGCAGCACCGUAUCCUUCACCACACUGAGGGAGGGAGGGAGGGAGGGAGGGAGGGAGGGAGGGAGGGAGGGAGGGAGGGAGGGAGGGAGGACGGGACGUGAGUAG